GCCCUUGAAGCCAUCGAGCAGCUGGGGUCACUCAAGGACAUAGCCAAAGCCGGGCCACUUCAGGUCGCCAGACCGGGAGGCUGCGAGUUCUUGGACCACCGCCGCACCAGUCAUGGAGAUGACGUGGCAGGAGCAAAGCAGCCGGGUGCUUUGGCCAACGACUGCAAAAGGUUGGCAUAUGCCCGCCGCCGCAGCGAAAGCAGCCAGGCGCCUUUGCGCGGUUCCACAGCCGCCGAGCUGGGGCCCUCUACCCAGUCACUGCCUUUGGGCUUUUUCGCCAAGGACGAGUCGCGCAGCAGCUCGCGAAAUCGCGCUGCAAGCACGCACGGGGGGACGGUGAAUGGGCCCUCCGUCGACGCUCCGCUUUCCCGAUCCUCGACUCGCUGUGACGGGUCAGGCCAGGAGGCGGACGCCGACAACUUUGUGAACGAUCUGCCGCUGACACUGGCCCCAGCUGCGCGAUCUUCGACAGGUCCCACUUCAAUCGCUCCGCUGGCGACCGCUGAAUCUCGCGCACGACAGAGAAGGGACAAGGUUGAUGAGGAGGAGGAGACCUACACGCUUCCAAGCAUCGCGGAGCUUCCU